CUACAAGGUGCGUAUAUACCGUGGUGUGGUAUCAAUCGUAUUGUAUCGUAUUAAUUCUGUUGAAAAUUGGAGUGGUAUUUUGCCGCGUUCCGAGUGAGAAUUUCAGCCUCGAUCCGACAGUUUUAUCGAAAUGACACGUAGAUUUCUAACACGAUAGCUGUAGUUUGAUCCAAUUCGCCAUAGUGUUCAAUUGCUGUAGUAACAAUUUGUCAUAAUCAUGUCUUAUCCUGGUCAACCACCUAUGGGUAUCCCAGGAAUGCCUCCGAUGCCAUACAUGGUUGGUCCACCUCCACCGAUUAUAGGUGGAGUCAUGCCUAUGACCCAUAUGAUUCCAACACCCGUAUCUGCGAUGCAGACAUCUGCGCCAGCCGUACGGUACUCACGCAAUCAAAAUCGCCACGAUAACAAUCGAAGGCGCGAGAGAGAAUCUGGUCCACCUGUAACGGUAUUCAUCGGUAAUAUAAUGGAUAGAGCGCCCGAUGUAAUGAUACGACAUAUUCUGGGUGCGUGUGGGCAUGUUCUCUCUUGGAAGAGAGUACAAGCAUUCGGCUUUUGUGAAUAUGCGGGUCCUGACGCUGGUCUCAGAGCAGUCCGUUUGCUCCAUGACAUGGAAAUAGGCACUAAAAAACUUGUUGUUAAAGUGGAUGCUAAAGCUAAGGUAGUCUUGGAUCAAUUCAAAACUGAACGAAGGAAGAAACUCAGAGGUGGUCAAUCACCGCUGCAAGAUGAAACGCUCGGCGAAGGAGCUGAUGGCGAAGAAGGUGAAGAUUAUAUGGAUGAAGGCAUGAGAGUAGUCGACGCAGACGCGCUCACUCGCAUCAACCAAAUCAUAUCUGAACAUGCUGUAGAUCUAGAAAUGGCGCAGGUGGCUCCAGAGGAACACCAGACAAAAAUGGUAUCUAAAUCCUUAAAUUUGGACGAUGCGGAAAUAGAAGAGAGUAAAAGAGACUUGAUUACCCGAGAAAUUGGCAAAUUCAGGGAGGUCAUGAAGAAGCAGGAGGAGGAGAAGGCCCAAGUAAAGCGAAAGAAGGAAGCUGUCGAGAAGGAAGAACGCGAGAAGCGAGAAAAGGAACGGCGCGAUAAGCGCGACGAUGAUGCCUCCAAGGAUGAUCAGGAUGGAGACUCUGGUAGUCCUACGUCUCAUAAAGGUCGUAGUGAUAGUACCGGCAGCAAUAGACGAGAUAAACGUCGAACUAGAUCAAGAUCUAAGGAACGUGAUAGAGAUCGAUUGAGGGGCGACCGAGACCGAGAUCGCGAUAGAGACCGUGAGAGAGAUCGAGAGCGAGAACGAGAACGCGAGCGGGAGCGGGAUCGGGAUCGCGAAAGGGAACGUGAACGAGAACGCGAGCGAGAUAGGGAGAAGGAGAGAGACCGAGAGCGAGAGAGGGAACGAGAGCGGGAAGAGGUGAGGAAAACCGAAAGGGAGAUUAUGCGUGAGAGGGAGGAGGAGGAAGAAGCAAAAGAAAGGAAAAAAAACGAGAGGCGAGCCAGGGAAAAGGAGGCGGCGUACCAAGAACGUUUGAGGGCGUGGGAGACACGCGAACGACGCAAACAGAAGGAGUACGAGAAGGAAGCCGAGAAGCGGCGCGCGAAACGUGAAGCUAAGGAGAGGGAGGCAAAACGUUUGAAGGAGUUCCUCGAGGAUUACGAUGACGAUCGCGAUGACUCCAAGUAUUACAAGGGCAAAGAGUUGUCUCGCCGGCUCGAAGAACGAGCACUGGAGGCUGAAGCAGACUCGCGAGAUCGUUGUGCAGAACGCCAGGAGCUUCAACGUCUACGCGAUAAGUUAUACGCAGAUACCUCCAAUCCAGAUCCUGCUGCGGAAUUCGAAAGGUUGAAAGCCGAAAGAGAAGAACAGUAUAAGCCUAAACCAGUGAUAACUAUAAUCGACGAAGAGGAAGAGAAAACGGUGAAGAAAGAUAAAGAAGUAAUGCCUCCAAUUGAAACAGAGCCAAUAGAGAGUGACAGUGAUGACGGCGUGCAAUUUGACGAGAUUUCACAACCGGAAGCACCGUCCAGGACACCACCGCGACAGCACCAUCAUCACCAUCGACGACAUCAUAGACAUCAUCAGAAUCAUCAUCGUGACGGCGAAGAGACCCAGGAAGGACUCGUAGAGGUGGACCGAGAGAGUCUAAAAGAUGCACGGCCAUCACCUGGGCAUCAAUCAGCCGCGACACCUGCUCAAUCCAUUCCACCAUCAUUAGAUGAAGAUUCACGUAUGUCCCUUGUCAGUGAACCAGAAAAGACAAGCAGUAGUAACUUUGUUCCAUUUGCUAUGGGAAGUGGAGGCAAUCGUGCUAAUGAUCAUAGUAUAGGUAACAAAACACCGGCCAGUCCUAAUACCGUUGCUAAUACGAAUUCACAACAAACAAAUCAAACGCGUAAGAGAGGUCGUAUUGACGUUAAAGAUGUAUUUAAUAACGAUGACGAUGAUGAUGCUACUAAUAAUGCGAAGAAGCGUAAACUUGUACCUCUAGAUUAUGGAGAUGAGAAAAAAAAGAAAACUGAGGAAGCUACGAAAACAGGCAAAGAAGAAAAUACCAAGAGUCAAGAAGAAAAGCGAAAGCACAUAAAAUCACUUAUAGAUAAAAUACCUACUGAUAAGAACGCAUUGUUUGGCUAUCAACUCGAUUGGGCACUCAUCGAUAACACGUUGAUGGAGAAAAGGAUAAGACCUUGGAUUAAUAAAAAGAUUAUUGAAUAUAUUGGCGAACCAGAACCUACUUUAGUGGAUUUUAUUUGUAGCAAAGUAAUGGCAGGUAGUUCUCCUCAAGGAAUACUAGAUGAUGUACAGAUGGUGUUGGAUGAAGAAGCAGAAGUGUUCGUAGUCAAAAUGUGGAGGUUAUUAAUUUAUGAAGUGGAAGCUAAAAAAAUGGGCUUAGUGAAAUAAAUGAAGUGUCAUCCGUCAAUUUAUCAACUCAUGGGUUUAUAUUACAUAUAAAAUACUUUCGAGACUAAGAAUGUUUAGAGACUACAUAAAUGCAGUUUAAUAUCAUACUAUUAUAUAGGAAUUCUAUCCUAUACAAGAGAAAGCACAAGUGUUGCUCGAUUAAUAGGUGGUACUAAGUGUGUAGUAAUUAUAGCGUUAAAAUAAACUUGUAAUUAAGAUUUAUAAUA